CCGCGGGCUCUGCGGUCCGGACUCCCCGCCACAGUGGCCGCAGUUCUCUGACUCGGGUGGCCCCGCGGCCCGACUCCGGGGAGCGCCUGGCCGCCGGCACCGGGCGCGGGGCCCGCCCAGCCUUGACGGUCGGGGUCGCCGGGACAUGGAGCCGACUCCUGCCGCGGGGGGCUCGGAGACCACUAGGCUGGUGAGCCCCCGGGAGCGCGGCGGCGCGGGGGGCAGCCUGCGUUUGAAGAGUCUCUUUCCAGAGUCUUCUGCGGCCCUCUCCCAGGAGCCCAAAGCCCUGAACAUGCCUGACCACCACUGCCACAGGGACCCCCUGCCAGCGACGGGGCUGACCCCUGAGAGGCUGCGGGCCCAGCGGCAGCUCUACGCUGCCUGCGCUGUGUGCUGCGUCUUCAUGGCCGGGGAGGUUGUCGGCGGGUACCUGGCCCACAGCCUGGCCAUCAUGACGGACGCGGCGCACCUGCUGGCGGACGUGGGCAGCAUGGCGGGCAGCCUGUUCUCCCUCUGGCUCUCCACGCGGCCGGCCACCCGCACCAUGACCUUUGGCUGGCACCGCUCGGAGACACUGGGCGCCUUGGCCUCCGUGGUGUCCCUCUGGCUCGUCACCGGUGUCCUGCUGUACUUGGCCUUCAUCCGCCUGCUGCACAGCGACUACCACAUCGAGGGGCAGGCCAUGCUGCUCACCGCCAGCAUCGCCGUCUGCGCCAACCUCCUGAUGGCGUUUGUGCUGCACCAGGCUGGGCCCUCCCACAGCCACGGCUCUCACGGGUCGGAGUAUGCCCCCCUGGAGGAGGGCUCAGGCGAGCCUCUGCCUCUGGGCAACACCAGUGUCCGGGCGGCCUUCGUGCACGUGCUGGGGGACCUCCUGCAGAGCUUUGGGGUUCUGGCCGCCUCCAUUCUCAUCUACUUCAAGCCCGAGUGCAAGGCGGCGGACCCCAUCAGCACCUUCCUCUUCUCCAUCUGCGCCCUGGGCUCCACGGCGUCCACCCUCCGGGACGUGCUGUACGUGCUCAUGGAAGCUACCCCCCGCAAUGUGGGGUACGAGCCCGUGCGGGAAGCGCUGCUCUCCGUGCCCGGCGUCCAGGCCAUCCACGACUUGCACCUGUGGUCGCUCACGCUCACGUACCACGUGGUGUCCACACACCUGGCCAUAGAGUCCACGGCGGACCCCGAGGCUGUCCUGGCCGAAGCCACCAGCCGGCUGUCCUCGCGCUUCGGCUUCGCCAGCUGCACGGUGCAGGUGGAGCGGCAUCAGCCGGAGAUGGCCCAGUGUCCGCGCUGCCGAGAGCCGCCCCAGGCCUGAGGCUGCCCACUGCCCCCCGCCGCCAGCCUGGGACGGGGACUCGGGUCACUGCUCGCGGGAGGGGUCGGUGCGGGGCCUGGGGGCUGCACUCCUUCUUCGUCCCUCCCCUGCCUGCCAACUCCCCGGCCCCCUGCCUCAGAGGGCAAGACCAAAGUGGGGGGAGCAGGUCAGCUUGAGUAGAUGUGACCACUUCAGGGGGACCCCAGGCUCCGGGGCAAGUGGGGGUGGUCAAGGUCCUGGGGUCCCUGCACCCCACAGCCUGGGGGUCCCCCGUGUCCUUCUCGUGCACUUCAUUCGUCUGUGCUGCCGCUGGCUGGCUGGGGCAAGCCCGUGUGUGCUGCUGUGUGCCUCGCCGGGGGCGGGGGUCGCAGGGGCGCCCCUCCCUGGCCCUCGCUGUCUAUGCAGGAGCCCCCAUGCUCGCACUUUGUCGUGUUGUCGCUGUGGGUGCGUGCCGUGUGCCUGUCUGCCUGUGCGUCUGCGCGCUGGGCUCUCUCGUCUGCACAUUCCAUGUUCAGGGGUCUGUCACCCCCCCGCGGUUGGUGCUGGGCCCUCGGCUGUCCCGGAGGAGGGGGGGCGACGCUGCACAGCCCCGCUAAUAAACGUGUGUCUGUUC